GUUCUCACGGGAUAAACACUCAGCCGUGGCGGGAAAGCUGGAGACACGUGGACCGUGGCGGGAAAACUGGAGACACGGAUGAUCAUCUGAAGUCUGGAAUAAUCAAAACAAGUGCACAAUCAUGGUGAGGAAUUAUAAAAGAAAGACAAACAGAGCGAGCACAGCUCCUGACACCAUGCUGAAGGCCGUCAGGCAGGUGCUGGUAUUCAAGAAGAACAUUAGAGCUGCAGCUGAAGAGUUUGGCAUCAAUUAUCGGACACUUGCCCGCUACUGCACAAAAAUCCCCCGAGAAGAGGUCGAGGGAAAUGCAGACUAUCCGAGCUGCACGGUGGGCUUCACUGGUGCAAGACAAGUAUUCAACCCAGAACACGAGACUGAACUGGUCUCCUACAUUUCAAGGGCUGCCGACAUUUAUUAUGCGCUUCCACCAGAGGUGAUCAGAAAAUUUACGUACCAGCUGGCGAAACAUCGCCAAUUGCAAAUACCGUCAUCAUGGAGAAAGAAUAAACAAGCCAGUGCAGAUUGGUUUGCCGCCUUCUUAAAGAGACAUCCCACGUUGUCCGUCAGGAAACCUGAACCACCAACUCUAUUGAGAGCAAGCAACUUCAAAAGAAGCAAUAUUGAGAUGUUUUUUAGCAAGUUGAAGGAGGUGAUGGAGCACUACAGUUUCAAACCUGAGGAUAUUUGGACCAUGGAUGAGACGGGUGUCACCACCGCCCAAAGACCUGAUAGAGUGGUGUCUAGAAAAGCCCUCGCACAAGCAUCGGCUGAUAAGGGACCACUUGUUACUGUGUCUUUUACCAUCUCGGCCAGCGGUAAUAUGAUACCACCCUAUUUCGUUUUCCCUCGGAUGCAGUUCAGGCAGCACUUCCUCACUGGUGCACCCAGCGAAAGCGCCGGCGGUGCCAAUCUGAAUGGUUGGAUGAGUAAGGAACUGUUUGUUGAUUUCCUGGAGCAUUUUAUACAGCAGACCAAAUGCUACCUGGAGAGGCCCUGCCUCCUGCUCCUUGAUAGUCAUGUAUCAAGCCACUGGUCCAUUGAGGGGCUCAGUCUUGCAAAAGCAAAUGGAAUAGUUGCACUCUCCUUCCCUCCACACUGUUCCCUCCUACAGCCUCUGGAGCGGUCUGUUUUUGGCCCAUUUAAGAAAUGUAUCAAUGCAGCCAUUGACAGUUGGAUGCUUGGUGGUCCAGGGAGGAGCGUCACGAUCCAUCAUAUUCCAGGAAUUGUUGCCACUGCCCUGCCCCUGGCUGCCACCCCAACCAACAUUACAGAAGGGUUCAAGGCCUGUGGCAUCAUCCCGCUGAACCCAAACAUUAUUGAGGAAUCAGAUUUUGCUCUCAGUUUUCUUAUGGACUCUCUCUCUUCUGCAUCCAGUGGCCCAGCAGAUACUCAUUUUAAGGACGAAUACACCCAUGAUACUCCUGAUCAUUCAUUGUGCACUUCUCUAGAGCCUUCAACAUCACACUGUGACCCAGAGCCCACAGCAAAUGAUCUACAGUCUUGCCAAAGACAAACAACACCAGAGAAGGAUGACUGCCAUCUUGACUGGCUACCCUGUGAUUAGUAGAGCUGGGUAUCAUUCAAAAAAUGUCGAUACCUUGACUUUGAUACCGGUUCCUGAACGAUACUUUUUUCGAUACCAAUUUUAUGAAAUCCGUUUUAACAAGAUGGCAAACAUUACCUCAAAAAAAACUUUGGUUUUAUUUUUUCAGUUUGUUGACUUUUUUCCCAGACUCAAAGACUCAUCUCCUGAACCUUCUGUUCUCCUCAUGCCAGGGUCAGCAGGGGCAGAGGCUAUAACUUUAAUAUGAGGAGGACUAAACUGUUCAUUACAGACAACCAUAAGGAUAAGUACGGUUUAACAAGAUAACUAGUUUAAUGUGUUAAACUUGAUCAGUUCCUGUCAACCUUAAAGUAUUUUUAGCAUCGAUUUAGCUAGCUAUCUAUAGCCAUACAUCCAAACAAUAUCUAACGUUACGUAGGUCCCAGUUUAUAGGACUAUGUCACAGUGAACAGAAAUGUUAAUUUAUCAAGUACACAAGCAUGUUACCACUACAAGUUUGUUUAUUGGUUUGUUUGGUCAACGUUAACCUUACCUGUCGGAGUCCCAUUCAUAGCACAGCUGCAUUCAUCAGUAGUUUUGGAGGAGGACUCGUAUGGUUGGGCAUGUUGGAGGACUCGUGUGGUUGGGCAUGUUGGAGGACUCGUGUGGUUGGGCAUGUUGGAGGAGGACUCGUGUGAUGGGCAUGUUGGACGAGGACUCGUGAGGUGGGCAUGUUGGAGGAAGCUCUGUGGCAGGAGGACACUGAAAGGAUGAUUGCACUGGCUCGGUCUUGCAGUUGAAGCUGCUCUUAAGUUUAUUCCGUGCACUGUCAAGUGCUUCAUCAGAUCUGUCACGUUGCCGGUCUUGGCAGCAAUUAUCUUGUCGCAAUUGCAUCGUGCACUGUUGACAUCGAGCCUGGUGAAAUGUAGCCAACCAUUUGAUCUUUUCCACAUCUUUUACAUCUAUUGGGACGCAUACACACUACAGCCUCACUGUUGAGCCGCGUCUCUGGGCGUAACCGGCGUAAACUCGUGUUUAUUCUUGAUGCCUAAACGCAGCCAAUCAUCAGAUUUGGGCACAUCUAGCAUGCUACAUGCUUAUCACUGACGUUGACAUGAUUAACCCCUUAGGUAUCGAAAUUUGGUACCGAACGACAAGACAUUUUUCGAUACUUGAUUGUUUAGAGGCAAUUCAGUCAAUGCCUAAAAUGUAUCGAACUCAAUACCCAGCCCUAGUGAUUUAGAGAGACUAGUCUUAGCAAAUAAAAAGAGGAGAGAUAAAGGCUGCAACAACAAGAACAGAUGUGCAAGAAUGUUUCUGCCUUGUUUUCAAUUAAUCUUUUUGAAAUGUUACACUGAGAUACGUCUGGUUGCAGUGCUUUGUGUCUGUCUACAUAUGCCACAACUGUAAAAGUGAUGUUUCUCUCUCUCUCUCUCUCUCUCUCUCUCAUACUUCACAUUCAAUUCAUCCAUUCGCAUCACUGUUGGCCAAAACAUUGUUUCAGUAUUUGUGCCUUUUACCAUUUGUGCAGUUUCAUGCAUUGAUUGUGUCACACAAAAACAGUUUUAUUGUUGAAAGUCAUUAAAUAUUACACAUUUUAAACAUAUGCUGUGGAACGUUGCUUUUUCACUUCAGAAAGGUUUUUGGGAGAAGGUUUUCUCUCAAAACAGUGUUAAUUAACAGUAGAUUCCCAUUGUGAAAACUCACCCCAAAUUUGUUUUUGUUUUAGCCAAGACUUUCAAUGUAAAGAUUGUAACACUUUAUUUUAUUUUUUUUUACUAAAAUACUUUCUGCUAUCCCAGCUUAAUAUGCAGAAACGAUUAUAAGAAAACCAUUUAUAGAUUGAUUUCCUCAAACUGAAAACAUUCGAGCAGCCUGUCCAGCCUGACACAAACACAUUAGCUUGACCAUUGGCGUGAAUUUGGGGCAGGACUAUCUGCUUGUUUCAUCAACAGCAGACGGGGAGUAUUUGAAAAGGCUGUUUGAAAAAUGUAUAUUCUAGCAAUCCUGUUUGGUGAUGUAAGUGGCACAGAAAUGUACACUUAAGCUUUAAUGCGUGUAUCUAUACCGAAGAUUACUUUUAAAUAUGCACUCAGUGACCAUUUUAUUGUCAACGUCUGUAGUCCUACUUAUUGAUGUGAUUAUCUAAUCAGCCUAUCAUGUGGCAGCAGUGCAAUGGAUAAGAUCAUGCAGAUAUGGGUCAGGAGCUUCCGUUAAUGUUCACAUCAACCAUCAGAAUUAGGAAAGAACGUGGCAUGAUUUUUUGUGCCAGACGGUCUGAAUUGAGUAUUUCUGUGCUGAAAUCAGCCCUUCUGGCACCAACAAUCAUUCCAUUGAGAUCACUUUUUUCCAUUGUCAUGAUUUUUGUGAACAUGAUCUGAAGCUCAUGACCCAAAUAUGCAUGAUCUUAUGCAUUGCA